CAUUGCUGCGCAGGAACGAACCAGUUCCACGGCGUACCUGUCUUCGGACGAUUCUGUCGUCCAAUGCAUCAGGUCCCGCGCGUCGGAGUUUCAGGGCUACGUAGACCUCGACAUGAUGGAGGACCUGCAAGUGACACGGUACCUAGAGGGGCAGCAGUACACGAAUCACUACGACUGGGCAGCGAACCCCGCGGCUAGGAAUCAGACGACAAACAGGGAGACGACCUUUUUCGCCGUCCUCGAUGUGGAGUGCGCCAGCUGCGGGACGCGUUUCCCCAAGAUUUCGGUAGAUUGGGGCGUCGAGGAUGAGCGGUGGUGCAACCUGGUUGACUGCGCGGCCCAGACAGAGCUGACAGUGCGAGCGGUCGCCGGUAGCGCUGUCUUCUGGCGGAAUCUACAUUCCGACGGGACCGGAGAUGCUCGAACGCUACAUGCCGGCCUUCCGGCGGUAGGCGGCAAAAAGAUCGGGUUGAAUAUCUGGACGCGCCGGGGGGUUUAGUUAGUGCAUAU